AUGAUGGAUCUCACCCUGAAGGAGCAUGAUCGACUCGUGAAGAGGCUCAACGCCUCUCAAGGGAUUAAGAAUGUACAGGCCGUCAUCGAUCAACUACAAUCGGUUCGAGAUGCCAUCGCUGCUGUCCCAGAGGAAGCCGCAGUCACCUUAGCUAAACAUCAUAGUCCUGUCAAGUCCUCCGUUGACGCCAUCAACGAAAGUCUGAAAGAGACCCACAGCGGCCUCAAUAAAUACAAUAAGGCUUUGGAUAAGCUAUUCAAAGACCGGCCACUCCCCAGCACCAAGCAUGACGCCCUCUUCAAAAAGAAACACCUCACGAACCGCGCCAUUGCGAUGCACCUUCUCCGAGAGGGGCAGUUCUCUGUCGCAGCAACUUUCCUCAGCGCGAUAACCGAAAAAAGGGCCACGAUGGAAGGGGGUUUCAGUCCUCGUACCACCGAGCAAGCCGCCAAUCUCCUCGAUAUCGACGAAGUCCCCUCCACCGAGAUACGCAAGCAAUUUGCCGCCAUGUACUAUAUCCUCCAUGAACUCAAAGAGAACCGGAAUCUUCUUCCAGCAAUUACCUGGUCACGAGAAAAUCGCGAAGCGCUGGCCGCUCGAGGGAGCAACCUGGAAUUCGAACUAUGUCGUCUGCAAUACGUCUGGCUCUACCACAACAAAUCUCUUGAGCCUACCAACCAACCCGGGAACUGGAAGGCCGCCAUGGAAUACGCCCGACAAGAGUUUGCAGACUUGGGCCCGCGGUAUCAAGCAGAGAUUCAGAGGCUUUUAGGUGCCAUGGCGUUUAUCCCAAACCUCCAGGGCUCGCCAUAUGCCGCCAUUUUCAACAAUUCAUCCGCCUGGGAAGAGGUUUCCCAGUCCUUCACCGGAGAAUUCUGCUCGCUCCUAGGUUUAUCUGCCGACUCGCCGCUUUACAUCGCUGCAACAGCCGGGGCCGUCGCGCUGCCGACGCUGCUGAAGUUGCAAACCAUCAUGAAGGCCAAACGUACCGAGUGGACGAGCGAGAAUGAGCUCCCGGUUGAAAUCCCACUGCCUCCUGCCUAUCUUUUCCAUUCCAUCUUCGUCUGCCCUGUUUCCAAGGAACAGGCGACAGACGAGAAUCCGCCGAUGAUGAUGCCCUGUGGGCAUGUCAUCGCCGAGGAAUCCCUCAAACGACUCAGCAAGGGAAACCGAUUCAAGUGUCCCUACUGUCCAAAUGAAAGCCAUUUCAAGGACGCACGGAAGAUCUUCCUAUGA